AUGCACAGUCUGGGAAACUCAUACUGCACACAGUUCAGGCUCACUUACAAUCGGAACGAUAUCGACAAGUCCAUUGAUUUUUAUACCAAAGCUAUCAAUCUCACGCACCAAGGACAUCCCUAUCGAGCUGGCCAGAUAGCGAGCCUCGGACAAUCAUAUUGUAGUCGAUUCAUACAGUAUGGAGAACUCUCAGACAUUGAGAAGGCAAUCGAACUUCAAAAACAAGGGUUGAAAAUUGCAACUCCAAAUGAUCCGAGUAUACAUGGUUGGCUAUAUAAUCUCGGAAUCUCAUACAAAUCUCGCUUCACUCGUUUAUGCGACCUGAAAGAUGCAAAUGAAGCUAUUGAACAUCUUACUCAGUCUAUUGGUUACAUGCCAAAGGACCAUCCAAAUAAGCCUGCCUCGCUUACCUUGUUGGGCGACGUCUAUCAAAGCCGAUUCGACCACGGGGGUAACCUCGCCGACAUCAAUCUAGCGAUCGAGUACCAAACACGAGCCGUAGUGUCAAUUCCUGGAGGGCAUAUACAAAGUUUUUUCCGACUAGGUCGCCUUGGUAGCUCGUACAUGUCUAGGUUCAAAUGGUUUGGAGCGGAGGAAGAUAUACAAAAAGCUAUUGAACUGUUGGCUAAGGCACUUGCUCUCAAACCAUCAAACUUGGAGGAUAUGGAUUUACUGGUCAGUCUUGGCAAUACUUAUAGCCUGAGAUUCGAGUACCUUGGACAACUAAGCGACGUGGACGAAGCUAUCAAUCACCUCAUUCAAGCGGAAACGCUCGCAUCCGAGCGUCAUAUAGCGAUGUCCGAUAUAUUAACCAGCUUAGGUAAUACGUACUUCAGACGAUUCAUAAGGUUGAGAAGAUCAGAAGAUAUAGACAAAGCACUGGAAUACCAAGUCCGAGCUCUGGGCCUUCAAUCACAACACUAUGCUGGUGAAGGGCUCAUUUUAAACAAUCUUGGGACAAUACAUACGGAACGUUUUCGGUGCUCGAAAAAACAAGUGGAUGCGAAUAAUGCUCUCGAAUGCUUGACAAAAGCAAUUUCCUUCAUAUCUGAAGAUCAUCCAGCAAUGCCUGGAGUUCUUCACAGCCUGGCCAAUUUAUACAUUUCUCGGUUGCAGCUGGACCCUACCCUGGAGGGCAUAGACACCGCAAUCAAUUAUCAAACCCAGGCUGUCGCACUUACUCCAGAGGGACACGCCCAAUUGCCCAACUUUACCAAUAGUCUUGGGCUGUUAUACCAUUACCGGUAUGAGAAACAGGGCAAACUCGAGGAUAUCGAUCAAGCCAUUCACUGGCAGGCCCGUUCAGUAAUGCUCACACCCAAUGAGCACGCGAGAGUGCCAAUUUGGUUAAUGGCCCUUGGCAAUUCAUUUUAUAUUCGAUCCUUCAACGAACGUGAUUAUGUUUCUUUCUCGAGCGCUAUAGAAUGUUAUCGCAAAUGCGCCCAACAUUCAACUCUAUUCCCAGAAAUGCAACUAGAAGCAGCUAUCAAAUGGGCCAAUUGUGUUUCAGAUCCUAACGUACCGGUUCCCGAGGAUUGGUGUUUGGAAGCAUACCAAACCGCCAUGGACCUUGUUCCCCAUGUUGUCUGGCUUGGCACCAAGAUUGGUAAACGAUAUACAGAUGCGCAAAAGAUCAAAGAUCUCGCUUCGAAUGCAGCUGCAGUCGCAAUAAGAGCGGCAAAAUAUGACCUGGCUCUUGAAUGGCUAGAGGAAGGUCGCUCAGUAAUCUGGAAUCAAAUACUUCAACUUCGGGAUCCUUUCGAUGAUUUAGUUGCUAUCGACCCUUUGAUAGCUGAAAAUCUUCAUCGAGUGGCUAAAGAGUUAUAUAAUAAUGGCUCAACUCUCGAGAUGCAUUCUGACCCGCUCAAAGAUUUUGGAGCCCAGGAAAAAGCGAUUCAAAAUCACCAUCGCUUAGCGGAAAAUUAUCAAGCGCUCGUAGCUGCAGCUCGCAAGCUUCCAGGGCUUCAAGGUUUUCUACGACAUGCCAAGGCUUCUACUUUGGCCGGUGUGGCUCGAAGUGGCCCAUUGGUAGUUCUCAAUGUCAGCCGUUUUCGAUGUGAUGCGCUGGUUAUCCGCCCAAGCACAGAUCAGAUCACGCACGUAGCUCUCCCAGAGCUUUCCUUAAAUACAGUAAAUUCUGCCCGUAACGCAAUCGUGCAAUCCCUUCGUCGGAAUCAUGUUCGGGAUCGUGGGAUGAAGCCAAGGCCGAAGGCCGAGGACGAGAACAAGGAUACCUUUGAAGAUGUGUUGGUUAUGUUGUGGAAAUGCGUUGCCAAACCUGUGCUUGAUGCCCUCGGAUACAUGCCCAAUACUGAAGAGCUACCUCGUAUCACUUGGUGUGCUACUGGUGCACUAUCGUUUCUUCCUAUCCAUGCGUCGGGAUACUACGACCGACCGGAUGCUAAACUCUCUGACUAUGCUGUCUCCUCAUACACGCCCACGUUGAGUAUAUUACUCUCUGCCAUGUCAUCUUCGUCCGAGUUGCCUCACGGAAUCUUGGCUGUGGGGCAAGAAUCAACUCCUAGGGCAACUCCCUUGCCUGGAACUAAAAAGGAGUUAGAAAAUAUCAAAAGGUACAUCAACGAGCCACUAGUCUACUCGCAACUAGAGGGACACGAUGCAACAAGCCAUUCCGUUCUAUCCGAAAUGGAAAAUCAUGGCUGGGUCCACUUUGCCUGUCAUGCACAUCAGAAUGCUUACAACCCGAUCAAGUCUGGUUUUCUUCUCCACAAAGACACGCUUUACCUGGAACAAAUUGCGCGCGUAUCAUUUCAGAACAAGGGGCUGGCCUUUUUGUCCGCUUGUCAGACGGCGACCGGCGACCAAGAGCUUCCGGAUGAAUCUGUACACCUUGCCUCCGGGAUGCUUAUGGCUGGUUAUUCAAGUGUGAUUGCUACAAUGUGGUCUAUUAUAGAUGAAGAUGCGCCGCUUAUCGCUGACGAAGUAUAUGCGCGGGUACUUGAAGGCGGACGCAUGAAUACGGGAGGCUCUGCGAGGGCACUACAUCACGCAGUUUGUCGCUUGCGAGAGAAAGUGGGGGAUAAAUCGUUCACUAGAUGGGUUCCUUACAUACAUAUGGGUAUUUGA